UCUAAUGCACUGGCCAGGUAUACAGGAAAAGCCCUGCGAACUUUUGAAUUGCAUUUCCUGUUUGGCCAGCGUGGAGCUCUCAUCAGCACAGGUGACCAUGCAGAGCUCAUCAGCACAGGUAACAAUGCAGUCUCCUGAGAAUAGAAAAAGAGCACCAGCAUGGACCGCACGAGAGGUACUGGAUCUUAUUGCUAUAUGGGGAGAGGAUUCAGUGCUAUCAGAACUCCGUUCCAAAAGACGAAAUGAAAAAACUUUUGAAAAAAUUUCCAAUACCAUGAGGGAGAGAGGCCACACCAGGGACUCAGUGCAGUGCAGAGUGAAAGUGAAGGAGCUCAGACAAGCCUACCAGAAAACCAAAGCAGCAAACGGUAGAUCCGGAUCAGGGCCAAAAACAUGCCGCUUCUACGCUGAGCUGCAUACAAUUUUAGGGGGCUGCGCCACCACUACCCCCCCCUUGUCCGUGGAUUCCGAGGUGGGGGUUAUAAUCUCAACCAUGGACGAGGAUUCAGCGGAGGGGGAAGAUGACGAGGAGGAAGAGGAGGAAGAGCUUGCAGAGACCACACAGCACUCCAUUCUCCCCAGCAGCCAGGAGCUUUUUGUGACCCAGACGGAAUUACCGUCCCUGCCCUCCCAAGCCACUAGCCCAGACAGUGAAGCCAUGGAAGCGACCUCUGCUGCAAAUUUUUCAAGCCUCCCUACUCCAUCCCGAAGGCUAGCUCAGAUAAGGCGGAGGAAGAAGAGGACAUGAGAUGAAAUGUUCACAGAAAUCAUGGCAGUAACCCGCAAUGAAAGAGCUCAUCUGGGGGAGUGGAAGGACGUGGUAGCAAAGUACAGGAAAGAUGCCAGUGAACGUGAGGACAGGAGGGACCAACGUGAGGAUAGGAGGAACGAACGUGAGGAUAGGAGAGACGCUCGAGAUGAGAGGUGGCGGCAGGAAGAUCAGCGGUGGCGGGAUGCAACACUGGAGCUGCUGCGUGAUCAAACUGACAUCCUCCGAUGUCUGGUGGAUCUUCAGGAAGAGCAGCGGGGUCACAGAGUGCCGCUCCAGCCCAUGUUUAACCACCCUCAGUACUCACCAUGUUCCAUAUCUUCCACACCCAGAAGUGUAAGAACGCAUGGGGGAAGGCUUUCUGCACCCGCCCACUCCACCCCCGUGGACAGUCCAACCAAAAGGCUGUCAUUACAUUGAAAUGUCCUUAAUGGCCUUUUUCUUCCCUCCUAUCCUCCUCCCAAACCACACCCUGGAUACCUUGUUAAUUCUCUGCCUCUUUUUAUAAUUACAUGCUUCUUAAACGAUAGUAACUAUUUCCAUAAGCAAGCUGUAAUCG